GCCUGUUUUUCCAUACGGUACAGUCUGAACACACGGGCAAGGAAUGGAGAUGGAAAGAAGCCAGAGCAGCCUGUCCUCCACGGACUCCCCUCACGAUCCCUGGUAAACUUACCUUCCCCCGUCGGCUCUACCUAGUCCUGAGAUCGGAUACACCUUCAAGACAAACCCAGGAGUUGAAAGAAACUGCAUAUUGGAGUAUUGAGAUGAAGGAGAGCAUGCUCGCACUUUUUGUGUUGUUGGUGGCACUGCUCAUCUUCAAAGCGAGACCGCUCAUUUUUGUGGACAGAAAAUUUAUAUUUUGGUUUUAAUAACGGUGUUAUAACUUAUAAUAACUUAUAUAACGGGUCGACAUUUCUAAAUAAUUUAACUGUCAUCAUUACCUAACAUCAAAGCUUACAUGUUACAGUUACACUUUCAUGUUUUCUUUUCUUUCUUUUUUUAGCAAAAUGUUCAUAGGCGGUCUCAGCUGGCAGACGACACAAGGUAAGCUUAUUCUCGCCUCAAAACUUGAUCGAACUUUAAACCGUUUAUUCUCUUAUAUAAUUCUCAGUUAUGAAGCUGCUUUAAAGACAAAGUGAGAGUUGGAAAUAAGAAUCUGUAAAAGUCAUUGUUUUGAUUCAAGAUUUCUGAAAGUGAUCAAUGAGUUGUGCUACUUGUAGUCUACUACUCUCGAUUGCCGUCUAUAUAAAUUAAAUAUGUUGUCUAAUGCUGAAAUCAAAGCCUCAUUCAACACAGAUCAGUAGCCUACACGGGGAUAUAAUAAAGAAUGCCAAGUUGAAAAUAAACCAAUCCUAAAGUCAUUCGAAACAACUACAACUGGCCUUAGGCUAUAAAUCCGUGAAAAAUGUGUGGCAUUUUGGAAAAGGAGUUUACACAGUUCUGAUCAAUAAACCUUGGCAACAGGCUAUUAUUGUUCAAGACAAUAAUUGCGCACUUAUAACAUAGAAAGAUAGAUUUUCUAGCAUCCCUUGAGGGAUGAGUGUUCUGUCAUUGGAUCAUAAUUGACUCUCUUUAUGCACUAUGUUGGUUGAUGUAACUUUAAGGGAGUCUGUUCUGAAUAGGCUGUCAUUGUCAACUUUAAACAUCCCUUAUUUUAUGUUCUAAUUUCUGGACACUGGACAGUAGCAUUGUUGAUGUCUGAACACAAUCACAGACUGCGACCAUCAGAAAGUUUAACAAUGGUGGCUACAAUUUUGCCAUAGUAGGCUAUAUGUCACACGCCACCUGCUGUAGGCUUAUGCUACAGACAUACAACCAUUUUUUUUUAUCUCACAAUUUGUUUUCUAUUAUUAUUUCAGAGGGAUUGAAAGAGUACUUUUGCAAGUAUGGCGAGGUGAAAGAGUGCAUGGUGAUGCGGGAUCCAGUUACCAAGCGCUCGAGGUGAGGGAGGCGUCCGCGGUGCAGCGCCCUUUCAGAAAAGCCCGCUUGGUCACAACACAACAGUUCAACUGCUAGUCAUGACAUAGGCCUAGUUCAUUCAUAUUCAGAUUAUUAUGUGUGUCGAUAAUUUGUGUUUGAUGAUUGUAUAUUUUGAUAUUUUUUUGAAGGGGUUUUGGAUUUGUCACUUUUGUUGACCAGGCCGGUGUGGAUUCAGUUUCAGCAGUAACCAGGCAUGAGUUGGAUUCAAAAACAGUGAGUUAUUAAAUCACGAAAAGUAUUAAUGUAGACUAGCAUACUCUUCUAGUCUUAUCCGUUCCAUUUUACCCAAUACUACAAUACAUGUUUCCACUCUCAAGAACUAACUAAAACAUUAUUGCAUAUGGCUGUAGCAGUUUUACCCAUUUGAAUAGUAUUUUAGACAUACACUACUUGUUUCUACUUUUUUCAAGUUCUUACAUUAUCUCUGGGAAAUAAGUCGAAUAGAAAUAAAAAAUGAAGUAAAUAUAGCUAGGCCUACAUUAUUGCCUUUACAUGGCAUUAUUAAAGAAGUUGCCAUAACUCACUUUAAUUUAAACAAGACUAAUAAACUAGGCUACUAGUAAACUACUUUUGAAUGCUAUUCCCAAGUGUUCUUCACACAUGAAGUGUAAUGGGAUCUAAAAUCUACAUGUUGAACCAUGGAGGAAAGCUCAGGAAUAGACUGGGCUACAGAAUGUGCUGUCUCUUUCCCUCACCCUCCCACAGUGAAAUGGUCAAGAAAGUGUUACUCAGUGUCAAUUUCCAUGGUAACUGGGGGUCCCAGACAGGGUUGUGCUCAAUAGCACACUUUGCUUCAUAGCAAACUCAUCAUCAAACUUUCUGCAUGCUGUUUUGUGUUUCAGUUCGCAAGUAAUUUGUCCCUACUGUGAAAAUUACCUCAAUAACUGUCUUAUGUGAACAAAUCUAUGAAUGAACUUGUGCCUCUGCACCCUGAAACCAGUAAUCUACAGAUGUGAUGUAGUUGGGGCAAGAUAGUGAUAUUCCCAACAUUGUCAUAUAGGUGCUAUUCCAUAGGGAGUGUCAGAAUAACCACUACCAUAUGGAAGGGCAUUAUGUUUCAGACAUAACCUGUUUCUAUGUGUACAUGUGCGUGAGGGAAUGCGUGUAACUUGUGUUUGUAAAACUCUGUUGUGUGUGUGUGUCUUUGUCAGUAAUGAAUGUGGGUUGGUCUGGGAACAAUGCUGCCCGUUGGUCGCCAUAGGGACGGCUGAGUUCCCCCUUACUGGGUGGGAGUGGUGACGGCUGUGAGUAGAUCAGUGAUGGCUGGGGGUAGAUCAGUGAUGGCUGGGGGUAGAUCAGGGUAUUGAAAUGUGUUGAGGCUCUUUCUUCCAAUUUGUGUUUGGAGCGGGACACCAUCUCAAUAUAUCUACAGAUACACACAAGGAAGAUUUGUAGACACUUAAGAGGACACCACUCAGGGAAGGAAGGAAGGAAUAAAAGGGGUCAAAGUUAGGGUGGAGCGCUUUAUGGGAUGGGAACGGUACAGUUUCAAAGUAGAUUUAAAAAAGUCAGACCAAAUCAAAAGUUACUGCAGCUGUCUGAUUUGGCGUGAUGAUAGUUCACUUAGAAUGGGGGCUUUAAUGGUUUGUUCCCAUGGCUUUUUUGUCUCCAUGACACCUCCCUGAAAGAAAAUGGACACAAAAUCAACAUAUUUGAAAAUGAUCAUUCCUGCGAUACCAAACUAGCCAACAGUUUAAGCUUAUAGCACAACCCUAGCGCAGUAAUAGGUUAGAUAAAUGUGAUGUCAGCUGGAGGGAGCAUGGCUGAGUGUGGUUGGUAACAGGGUGGGACUGUGCUCAGCAUGGAUGGUGCUCUGUGGCAUCUUUAGAGUGUGUGUGUCUGGCAAGGAGAAGGCUCAGUGACCAGCGGCAGGGGUGGGAUGGUGAGUAGAGUAGGCUUUAGUUUAGAGAGAAUACCCUGCCCCCUCUCCUCUCCUCUCUCACAGCCACAGGCAGGUUAUCCUGUUAGAGAGUUCUCCAGUGGCAACAGAAAGAAUGUGCCAUGCUCUGACAAACUGAACUGCUCCAGGACAAGAAUGGAGAGAGGUUUACGGGAGAGUAGAGGGCAACUAUUCUCAGAGUUGGAGAGGAAUUAAUGGACUUUUAUUUGUAGCUGCUAUCACACUGUCUGCUAGUGACUUGAGUAGCCUAUCUACCCAUCUAUGCAGAAUUAUUGUAUUAAGUUGUUGUAAGAUUAUAGUAGCUCCCCAUGGUGUCUACAACAAAAUGUUAUUGGGUCCUAGUUGACACAAGUUGACGGAGGUGGAUGGGCUGGUUGGCUGCUAUGGGGUUUUGAUAGAGAGGGCCCAAUCUGAGUGACGUUGCACUCUGCCUUAAAGGUUUAGAAUAGUGUUUGAGGGAAAAUGAGUUUUAUAAGAUAUUAUGUCAUCCUACAUUUCUCCAGCAUAGCUUUAGCACAAGGAUACUCCAAUAGGCAAAUAUACAGUAUAUUGAUGAUAACAACAGUAGUUCAAUCUCAAGUUACAGAGUGUUAAAGACCCCUGUAGCUUGUAGAACAUAUUCUGUCUAAACAUGGAGAACUGUGUCAGUCGGACUCAGUACUGAAUAUGGAUGUCAUUGGUGCAGUCCCACACCUGCUAUGCACCCACAAGGCAAGUGCUCAGUCCUAAGAAAAUGAAAAUAUUAACCUGUCCUAAAAAUUGUCCAGGUCAAAUCAAAACAGUUUGAGACAUCCUAAAAUCAAUAAUUCUAUUGAUUAUAGAAUACGAUGUUUCAGUUCACCUUAACGUGAAGAGACUAACAUGCUGACCCAGGAGGAAGAGGAGGAGGAGGAAGGGAGGGAUCACCCCAUCUGUGAUUAGUAUGGAUCUACAAAGCAGCUAAUAGGAUUGAAGGAAAAAAGCUUGGGUUGUUCUUCUGAGUCACAGAUAUUUUACUUGACAGUGUGUUUGACCCCUGAGUUGAUGUGUGUUGCUAACUAAGACCGGGUCGUGCACCUCACUAACUGUUGCCUAUGGUUGGACAGUAAUUGAUCAAUGGGAUUGUUCUGAUUUGAUAAACCCCCUUGCCUUGUUGUUAGGCUUAGCUCUGUGGACAGUGGGGGUGAGCCUGGGUUACGGCCUGGCCUGUCUCUCCAACACCAACACCUCUGCCACGUUUAGCAUGGUCCUCUCAUACUGGAACUGUUACCAUCUAAUAAAUAUGUCAUCAUUAGAUUUUUUUAAGCAGGGUGUUGUUCAAUUUACAUGAUUAUGUCUGUUACUUUGUCAUAAAUAUAGAAAAGGGGGGCAUUUAACUUUUUUUCAUAUCAAUUCUCUAUUCGGGUCAUUCAUAUUGUUUUCUAAAAUCCUUUUAUUAAAAAGUUACCUCACCUGUCUAAUGUCCGUAUUUCCCCCCAUGGAUGUGUGCUGGUUGCUCUAUGUUGAUUUUGUCUGUUUGUGUGUGUCUGUUUGUUUGUUUUUGAAUGUGCACAGGAGUGUUGGACAUCAGGAGGGUUGGUGACCGGAGGUGACUAUCAGAGUAGUCUAGAGACCAUAGAACUAAACAGUAGACUCUGCAUCCGAUACACCAUCCAGUCUAGAGACCAUAGAACUAAACAGUAGACUCUGCAUCCGAUACUCCGUCCAGUCUAGAGACCAUAGAACUAAACAGUAGACUGCAUCCGAUACACCAUCCAGUCUAGAGACCAUAGAACUAAACAGUAGACUCUGCAUCCGAUACUCCGUCUAGCCUAGCCUUCUCACUCUGCUCUAUAGAACCUGCCGUGAUGUCGACACUAUACAUGUAGACUAAACACUGUACUUUACUCUGGUAAACGCAUGUGGUUUACUAUAGAGGCUCUAGCUUUCUACUGUAGUUCUGCUCUACCCCUGUCAUGGUUACGGACUAAUAUAGUGCUCUUAGCACUGUACUGUCUUACUGUCUCGUAGCAUAACAACAGUACAGCGUGGAGUAGUUUAGUCGUUCUUUAGUUCUGUUAGAUCAGUAUAGACUAAUACUAUAGCUAGAGGUCUCCAAUUGCUGUACUAUAGUCUCUAUAGUUGCAUAUUUUUGUCAUGGUGUAGUUAUUCUUUAUUCAAUCUGAGCAAAUGACUAUAUUGUAAAUGUAUGAAUUCAAUGGGUUUGGCUUUUGUGUGAUACAUUUCAUGGUGAAUCUACAAUUGACCUGACAGUUGAUGUAGUUGCAUUGUUAUUAUAUUCAUUUAGUAUUAUUAUCAUCAUAAAAUGUCCAAUAUUUCAGCCUCUGCACUGUAAGUGAUAGCUUAGCUCUCACGUUUACGGAUGCUUUUAGAGCAGAGGUCAACACAGUGGAAGAACUGUGUGAUGAAAACACUAUGAAAUGUUGGUUUUUAAAUAGCGCACGAGAUCAUCAUAAAGUCUUAGCGGGAGAGGGAGGCAAAAACAAACAAACACAAACAAACAAAAUGAGUCUGAUGUGCUGUCAGUGUGUGUGGUUGAUGGCUCUCUCCUCUGUCUGCGUCCAUCCAUUCUCCCUCCUCGUCUUCCUCUUGUUCUGUGCUGUCGCUCCCUUUCUUAAGCUCACUAUGUCUCUUUCUCUGUCCUUUUUUGUGGAGGUGAGAUGUGUUUGUGAUUGUAGUGCCUGUGUAAGAUUCCAGGAGAUCACAUGUCACAUGUUGGUGAUGAGAGGAGGAGAGGGCUGUGGAAGGCAGACAGGCCGGAGAGGAGAGGCACCUCUGUGCCUCUGUCACUCCAACAUUCCCACACAUUCCACCGGCACAAGCACACCAAUAAACCAGCACUUCUGAGGUUGGAGCAGUGUUCAUUACAUCUGAUACCAACUCUGGCUAGUGCACAGUGUAGGCCAAUGGGGUUAUUGUUAGAAUGAAGUUAAAAUUGGGAGUUACUUAGUUCCAAAUCUACCAGCAGAUUCUUUCAAAUCGAAACAUUUAUUUGUCACAUGCUUCGUAAACAACAGGAGUAGACUAACGUUGAAAUGGUUACUUACAGGUCCUUUUCCAACAAUGCAGAAAAGAGAACAUUUCUUCAAAGAGAAACCACAUUUUAUACUCAACAUUUUUUUCACCUUCUAUGCCCCACCUUGUGGAAACAAUUAUCCCUCUAUCUAUCCUCUACUUGGCUUAUUGCUCUAGCUCUCAUAAUGACCUAUGUACUGGUGCAGCAUUAUAACCCAAACAACCAUGCUAAGGAACCCUUACAGGAUGAGGCAAGGAGCAGCACCAAAGAGACGAUAACCAUGGACUUGGUUCACACAGAUUUACCUGAUUGCUUGGGCUAGUUUAUCUGUAUUGAGCUGUGUGUAUAAACAGGCCUUUCUCCUCUUAACUCCCUCCUCUAGAUUGAUCCGAAAGUUGCGUUCCCUCGUAGAGCCCAGCCCAAGGUGAGUGAGCCAGUCUAGUCAUUAUUUGUCAGGGCUUAGUCCUGUGAGUCCAGUGUGAAUGACAUUGCUAGGAGGGAGCAGGUUAGCCUGUGCUUGCUGUGUUUAGCUUUUCACAUUCUAUCUGGGCUAAUGCCUUGUAAUGAGAUGAACAUGACUGCUGCUGUGACAUCACUGUGCUCCAUACACUCUUAUGUGAUCAAGUGGCUUUUGUUAACACCUUAUACAGCACAAUAAUGUACAUUGUAUAUUCUCAAGAGCCUAAAGUGUAUACGUAAAGUUCACCUGCAUUAAUGCUGAUUGUGGUAGCAGAAGCAGUUUUCUACAUAAGCAGUGCAAUAGUAUGUUAAUAAUGUACUGUACUGUUGGUCGUGAUGGCAUAAAGAUCAACAUAAAGUCUGACCAUUUUGUGGUUAUACAUGGGCAGAGCUAUUUCAUCUGACUCCUUUAUUUGUCAUGCAAAGUGGUCUUUUAGGAGCUUUAGGGGAAAUUGGAAACAUGCCUGCUGGUGGUUUUUCCAUUGGCACCUGAAUUAAUUUAUAAUUUAGACGAAACACAUGAGAGAUGAUAACACAAGCAUAUGAUGGACAAUACCAGGCUACCCAACUACAGUCACCGUUAAUGGUUCAUCUUAAUCCAUGGUGUUAUCACAGUUACUCAUUCAUUAAUUCAUUCUCCAUCCAUUAAUAAACUGACCCAUUUCCCCUUGCAGCUAGUGACUCGGACCAAGAAGAUCUUUGUUGGAGGUCUGUCCGUGAACACGACCAUCGAGGAUGUCAAGGCAUAUUUCGACCAGUUCGGAAAGGUAAGCAGCAUGUGGGCUAGUGUUGAUAUUGAAAUGUGAAGAUCUUUAUUUGUUUAUUUUGCUAGCUAGGUAGUUAACGUUAGCUAGCGCUAGUCGGUUGUACCGGCACCAAAACUUCGGUAUUUCUCCUCCUAUAGCUUGGCCACAAUCUUUUUUUAAAAUGGUGUGCCAACAUUUAUUUUUUUAUCGUUAUAAGUCGUGAUACAUAUACAGUGCAUUUGGAAAGUAUUCAGAACCCUUGACUUUUUCCACAUUUUGUUAUGUUACAGCCUUAUUCUAAAAUGGAUUACAUAGUUUUUUCCCCCUCAUCAAUCUACACACAAUACCCCAUAAUGACAAAGCAAAAACAGGUUUUUAGACAUUUCUGAAUAAAAAAUUAAUACAAAUGAAAUAUCACAUUUACAUAAGUAUUUAGACCCUUUACUCAGUACUUUGUUGAAGCACAUUUACAGCGAUUACAGCCUCAUAGUCUUCUUGGGUAUGACGCUACAAGCUUGGCACACCUGUAUUUGGGGAGUUUCUCCCAUUAGUCUCUGCUGAUCCUCUCAAGCUCUGUCAGGUUGGAUGGGGAGCGUCACAGCACAGCUAUUUUCAGGUCUCUCCAGAGAUGUUCGAUCAGGUUCAAGUCUGGGCUCUGGCUGGGCCACUCAAGGACAUUCAGAGACUUGUCCCGAAGCCACUCCUGCAUUGUCUUGGCUGUGUGCUUAGGAUAGUUGUCCUGUUGGAAGGGGAACCUUCGCCCCAGUCUGAGGUCCUGAGCGCUCUGGAGCAGGUUUUCAUCAAGGAUCUCUCUGUACUUUGCUCCGUUCAUCUUUAUCUCGUUCCUGACUAGUCUUCCAGUCCCUGCCACUGAAAAACAUCCCCACAACAUGAUGCUGCCACCACCAUGCUUCACCAUAGGUAUGGUAUUGGCCACGUGAUGAGCAGUGCCUGGUUUCCUCCAGACGAGACACUUGGUAUUCAGGCCAAAGAGUUCAAUCUUGGUUUCAUCAGACCAGAGAAUCUUGUUUCUCAUGGUCUGAGAGUCCUUUAGGUGCCUUUUGGCAAACUCCAAGCGGGCUUUCAUGUGCCUUUUACUGAGGAGUGGCUUCCGUCUGACCACUCUACCGUAAAGGCCUGAUUGGUGGAGUGCUGCAGAAAUGGUUGUCCUUCUGGAAGGUUCUCCCAUCGCCACAGAGGAACUCUGGAGCUCUGUUAGAGUGACCAUCGGGUUCUUGGUCACUUUCCUGACCAAGGCCCUUUCUCCCCCGAUUGCUCAGUUUGGCCGGACAGCUCUAGGAAGAGUCCUGGUGGUUCCAAACUUCUUCCAUUUAAGAAUGAUGGAGGCCACUGUGUUCUUGGCGACCUUCAAUGCUGCAGACAUUUUUUGGUACCCUUCCCCAGAUCUGUGCCUCGACACAAUCCUGUCUCGGAGCUCUACGGACAAUUCCUUCAACAUCAUGGCUUGGUUUUUGCUCUGACUUGCACUGUCAACUGUGGGACCUUAUAUAGACAGGUGUGUGCCUUUCCAAAUCAUGUCCAAUCAAUUGAAUGUACCACAGGUGGACUCCAAUGAAGUUGUAGAAACAUCUCAAGGAUGAUCAAUGGAAACAGGAUGCACCUGAGCUCAAUUUCCAGUCUCUUAGCAAAGGGUCUGAAUACUUAUGUAAAUAAGGUAUUUAUGUUUUUAAUUUUUAAUACAUUUGCAAAAAAAUUCAGAACCAGUUUUUUUCCUUUUUGUCAUUAUGGGGUAUUGUGUUUAAAUUGAUGAGGGAAAAAAAUAAUUUAAUUGAUUUUAGAAUAAGGCUGUAACGUAACAAAAUGUGGAAAAAGUGAAGGGUUCUGAAUACUUUCUGAAUGCACUGUAGAAUCGCAAAACAUGUUGUAUCUGCACCUAAGUAUUGUGAUAAUUUUGUAGCUUGAUGUCCCUGGCAAUUCCCAGCCCUAGUACAGUGGUUCCCAAACUGUGGGGCAUGCCCCCCUAGAGUCGGCAGGGCGGGGUGCGGGGGUCCAGCUUUCAACGUACUUUUGAAAGUUGUAAUAGUAGAAUGCACAAGGUGCAAUUUCGAAAUUGGGUAUUACAUCAUCAGUUUUCCUCUUUUCAUGUCAGUCAUUGCAUACCUUUGAUAUUUGAGUGACUCAAACAUUACAACAAAAUCUUUGGGCUAAAAAACGUAGCUAAAAAACUUUAGCUGACAUGGGCUAGUUGAUCUGGACAUUUCUGACAAGUUAUAAAUAGCUCUCUAAGAUUUUGUUGUAAUGUUUGAGUCACUCAAAUGUCACAUGAAUCCACAUUAGACAUUGCAAAAUGUAUAGAAUUGCAAGAAAAUUUGCUUUAAAACUGCACAAUUUUCUCUGCACCCCAUCACAAAAUGUGUAGAAUUGCAGGAUAUAAGCUUUAAACCUGCAAAAUGUCCUCUCUGCCAACAAGAGGGGUGUGAACAGUUUGUGUUAUGAACAGUGCCCAUAGAAAUAGACGUGGCGGGUGCGCAGGGGGGCGGGUGCGGGAUGUUCCUCAAAAGUUUGGGAGCCCCUGCCCUAGUAAACGUGUGUGGAUCUCAUAGCCAUUAAAACCAGUAGAUAGUAAUAGCGCUGACGUCAUCCACGUAUUCCUAUGGGAAACUCCCGAUGGCGCAUGAAGCCGGAAGUAUUUGAAUUUGAAGGGUGCCAUAUUGCUGAAAGGCACCAAAAAAAUCGCUAAAUAUCAUGGUGAAAGUGGCCGUAACUAGCAAAGGAUCAUGGUCGAUGUAGUAAUUUUCAUCAAAUGUAGUACUCAGAAUAGAUCACUAUUUAAUUAAAUAUCUCGAUUUGUAGCGAACUUUAAAAUAAUUCACCUUGGGGAUCGAACAAAACGGUCGUCUACAUUUUGCCCGUUCUGCCGAUCGUAAUUUACAUAUGCUUUCUAGGGCAGACCAAGGCUUUUGGCACCGCUAGUUUCUACGCAGUAGCCGACCAGCAGAGCUCCAGACUGGACACUGAACCUGGUGGAUCUGUUUCUCAGACUUUGUUGUUGAGGGGAGGAGUGAGUGGAUAUGAGAUGAGUGUGAUGUUGCAUCCUCCUCCAUGGCAGUGUUUUCCUCAACACAUCUUUGUUGUUUAGAUAAAACUGAUUGCUGAGGUAAAGGUAAAAAUUAAGUGGAAUAGAAGAGUUGCUUUGGAAGGAAGGAGAGUUACUUGUGGGAGGGGUGGAGGAGAAGAGUGAUAGAGAGAGUAGAACCAGAGUGGAGAGGCUUAGGGAGGUAUGAAGCACUAGGCUAAGUUAGGGAAAAUAGGGAGGAAAAAGUUUUGGAGAGGGAGUGAGUAUUGCAAUGGUGGGGAGGGAUUAUCAGAAUCUGAAUUAAUCUGAUGUAACAGCUGCUUCUACCCCAACCCCCUCCUGGCCCGUUACCGUGGUGACCCGGCUUGCCCAUUGUCCCCAAGUAAUUCAGCGGGCAAGGGGUGUUGUGUUGAGGGUGGGGGGUGUGUCAACCCAGGAGUUGUGUAACAAUAACACUCAUCGACCAAUGGUCAAAACAGACCCAAACCAACAUACUUUUCACUUCCAGUCUGUCUUCAGUUCAUAGAUAUUUAUUUUAAUAUCCAUAGUGUACUCAGUUUUUACUCUUCCCACCAUAGAUUCCAAGGGCUUUGAAGUGCAGACUGGAGAGAAUAAAUGAAGGGUGAGUGAGAAAAAGAGAGGGGGGGGGAACUAGGCCAGAGAGAUGGGAUGCAGGGAUUUAGUGGGACUAUUAUGUAUUUGAACAAAGCUAGGCAAAUAUGUUGUUAGUUUGUACAGGAGUUCAGUAUUUACAAGGAGGUGCGCUGUGGUGCACUUUUACUCCUCUGUUGAAUCUUCAAAAUGUUCUUACUUUUUGUUGACACUGUACCUAUUUUAAACAGGCAAAACUUGAAAUAGUGGCCGCAGGUAACCUACGGACGUAGGUAAGGUGCAAUUCAAUAGGAAAUCAGAUAAACCAAUGAGCCUGGAUGCUAACUAGAUUAGCUUUCAACACCAGUAAUAGGCUGAGGCAAAGCUCAUUUAUGUAGUUUAGUCAGCCAUUAGUCAGUCUAGUCUAGUCAGUCAGGGCAGAGUUUGAUUAUAUAAUAUUACAUUCAAAGUCUUGAUAGUUGAAAUGGUACUUCCUGUAUCUAUCACAUACUAUACUAUAUGUGACACAUGAAGUGCUUCACUCCCAAUCAUAAAACAGCAUGAAUGGAAUGAGAGAGAUAGAGAGAUGGAUGGAUUGAGAAAUGUAGGCUCCAGCCAUCCAUGGAAGUUCCGGAUUAGACUGCCUCACUGGACCUUUUGUAUUCUGUCCUGCUCUGGACAAGGGGGUGGAGAAAGAGAUGGGUAGAGAAUGACAGGGAGGAUGAGCGGUGGAAGAGGGAAAUGUUGUCCAGUGCGCCAUUAAAAUGUCCCGUAUUUGAAAUAUCUAGCUUUAAAGGACAGUUAUUGACUUAGAAACAUUUAGUUAAAUGAGGACAUUAUUGACGUUUUAACUUUUAAUUGCACUGGGUGCUUGUGGUGAAUCUCUGUUGAUUAUUCUAUGGCACAUGUGAAUAACAUAUCUUAAGUGUCAGUUCUGCCUUCUUGCAAGUUGUAGAUUUCAGCAUAUAAUUCAGCUUCUAUUUCAGUACAGUUUAGUGGUGUAAACCGUGGAGUGACGUUGUCUGUGGUGUUCCAUUGCUGUGUCAUGGGGCUUGGCCUAGAAAGAGGCAGUCCUGGUUAGGGAGACAGGACGGGUGAUAGGGAAAUGUCAGAGUGGAAGGAGUCAGUGAUUUGAGAGGGCUAAGACCAACAGGUCUUAUUUCACACUGGCUGGAGGCGCUCCUCCCUCACCCUUGACCUUUCUGCGUGCAAGCUGCCCAAUGAUGUCCCCAAGCACGAACACACACACACACUCUGACACACACACACUCACUGACACUAACACAAGGUACCAGUUCUGGGUGGAACCAUAUAGGCGUGUGAAUGGUUGUGACAAAAAGUUAGGUGGAACCAUGUGCACCUGUCAAUGGCUUUAUUACAAACUCAAACUCAUCAGAUAUGGAAAACACAGAUUCAUUUAGGAGUUUAUUUGAAUAUAGGAGUUUAUUUGAAUUAUAAUAGGUGUGUGAUAUUUCAUGCUUUUUUAUUAGAUUUUGUAUUGGUCCGUGUUCAGUUGAAGGAGAUACCUGGGUCUUUGCACUGUGAAGGGGGACAGAGAGGGAGAGAGAAAGGGCACAAGGAGAGGAGGAAUUAUGGCUGGCUGUGCCAACAGACAAAGCCUCCACACCUCUUUGUUCUCUUGCUCCCAUUCUUUGUCUCUCUCUGUUCUCUUCCCUCCCCAUUUUGUCCCAUACUUUCUAGUUCCACCUCUAUUCACAAAAUACGUACACAAUUACUCUUCCUCUCUCUCCUCUUCUCUCUCUCUCUCUCUUCUCUUCUCUCUCUCUCUCCUCUCUCUCUCUCUCUCUCUCCUCUUCUCCUCUCUCUCUCUCUCUCUCUCGUCUCUCUCUCUCCUCUCUCUCUCUCUCCUCUCUCUCUCUCUCUCUCUCUCUCUCUCUCUCGCUCUCACACACACACUCAUCUCUACCUCACCAUGGUCUGUACCCGUAUUCUCGCCCCAGUCCCUCUUCCUGUCAUCAAACACUAUACUUGCCCACAUUUUUACCUUAUUGUACCCCCUACCACUCUCUCUGUUUCUCUAUCUCUCUCACUCUGUCUCUCUCUCACACACUUUCACACAUUCUCUCUCUCUCUUCACAAAUAGUGCUUGUUGCCCGAUAAAGCUCUUUAAGAGAACUUCUUGCACAAUUGCCAUGGGAAGGGCAAACUUUCGAAAGUAGGGGGAACGAGGGUGGAUUUUUCGGAGAGACUGCGACAAUGCAGUUCAGAGGCAGGAAAUCUAACAAAGAGAAACAGUGAAGGGUUUCUGAUUUUGUCGUGAAUCAAAACCUUUUCUAGCGAUCAUCUUGUGUCCAUUCAUUACAAAUGUCCCCUCUUAAGGUUUUUUCAGUUUUUUUCUUCUUAUCCUCUUCUGUGCUCCCCUCCCUCCUUCCCUCUCCUCCUUUGUAACCCCCCCCCCCCCCCCCAUUCUGCCGCUUCUGUCCAUCUGUUGCUGAGCCUCCCUGCAGAACUUGAGAAGGGAUGAGGUCAGACAAUAUGGUGCGAGCAUGCGUUUCUUGAGGUGAUAUGUAUACAACUCUGUGUUUGUCUCCUCUAGGUUGAUGAUGCCAUGCUCAUGUUUGACAAGACCACCAACAGACACAGAGGUGAAACUCCAUCUCUGUAUCCUCAACAAAAAAUACAUUUACAUUUUAGUCAUUUAGCAGACGCUUUUAUAGUUACUGCAUUCACCAUAAGGUAGCUAGGUAAGACAACCACAUAUCACAAUCGGAGUAAGUAAAACUUUUCUCAAGAAAGCAACUAUCAGCAAAGUCAGUGCUAGUAGGAUACCCCCCCCCCCCCCCCCCCCCCCCGUAGGCUGAGCAGGAAGAACUGAGCAGGAGGAGAGGAACGAGGCUAGGCUAAUUAGUCCGUUAAUCGGGAUCAGGAUAAAGCCUCCUUAAGCUCCUCCUCCCCACCCUGGGACUGAUCGAUUAUGACAGCCCACCAGCUUUACUGGGCUGAGGGAGGAGGGGAGGUUCGUUGGCCUAGCCAGGAGGGAUGGGAGGGAGGAGGGGAUGAGCCAGGAACAGCGCCCCAGAGGGGGGAGGGUGCCAACAUUCUAAGCAGUUAUUACAGGACCUAAUACAGGAGGUGGUUAGCAGUAGUGCAUUAGCCCCACACUCUAACCCCCUGGAGACAGUAGAAGGGAUUUACCCAAACUUGGGUCUGAGAUGUUCAAUAAUGGGAACAAGGGCUUUAAUCCAUUGUGUCGUGCACAAUACUUCAUGAGUUGACCUUCCUCACAUACAUUAUUUGUAUUUUGUCUACUCCAGGAUUUGGCUUUGUCACGUUUGAGAAUGAGGACGUGGUGGACAAAGUGUGUGAGAUCCACUUCCAUGAGAUAAACAACAAAAUGGUGAGCUAAGAAGGCCGUAAAUCAAUCCUUGGUAAUUUAUACACAAUGUUAUUGUGAGAGGUGUAGUUGUUGACUGUUUGUCCCCCUCGUGUGUUUCUGACAGGUGGAGUGUAAGAAGGCUCAACCCAAGGAAGUGAUGUCACCCAUGGGCUCGGCCAGGGGGCGCUCUCGGGUGAUGCCCUAUGGCAUGGACGCUUUCAUGCUGGGCAUCGGCAUGCUGGGUAAGCUCAUAGUAAUGUCAACGAUGAUGAUGUGGCCCCUUAUAUCUUGUUACCCCAUAUCGUCAAAUGACUGUGGAACACUGUAAAGAAUCUUCUCGUAAUAUCAUAUUUUACAUCAGGUGGAGAUCAUUUACCACAGAAAGUACAACCGCCAGGGGACAGAUGUCAUACUCUUUAUAACAUCAUCUCCCUUUAAUAAGAUAAUUCCAUGCUUGAGCCUGCCAACUGAAAAGUCUAUUAAAACAUGUAGUACCAAAUUAGUUUAAGCGGUACCCUGGAAUUUAUGCAAUCUAUGGUCUUAGGGUAAAGUAGUGCUUGUAUGUGUGUAAUAUUGAUAUUUAUGAGACCUAUAAUAGGAUUUAGUGGUUAAAGGGAUAGUUCACCAAAUGACACAUUGUUUCAUUACCGUGUAAGCAGUCUAUGGACAAGGUAUGACAGAAAUCCAUGCUUUGGCUUAGUUUCCCUGGCACUGUUUCCAAAUGCUAACGUUUUAGCAUUUGUGGCACAAAUCCCAUUGAGGUUAUGGUACCGAUAUUAGCAUUUUUCACCAAUACAUGGAUUGCUGUCAUACCUUAUCCAAAGACUGCUUACAGGGUAAGGAAACCAACAUGUCAUUUUGUCAUUUGGGGUUAUAUGACAUCUACUGUUCAGUCUGAGAACUGCAAUAUUCACAAUGACAUUGGCAGGACAAGGGUAAUUAUAGGCAAGGGUACAGUUGUUAAGUUAGUUCAACUGUGGGCCGAGCAUACAUACACAAAAUAUCCUAUUGGCUGAUCUAGAGAAUGUAAUUGACUGUAUUGUUUCUAUGAACCUGUUGUUACAUUGACAGUAUCCUCUUUCACAGGCAGGGGGCAGCACUGUUUCACUCAAACACAGACCCAUGACUGUCCUUUCACCAUAGGUUACCCAGGGUUCCAGGCAGCUACGUAUGCUAGUCGAAGUUACACUGGUAUCACCCCUGGAUAUACCUAUCAAUUCCCUGGUAAGAACCUACUCCACCCAUUCAUACUGCCUUGAGUCAAUCAUGGCGUUCCCUGGACCGUCACUGAGUAGUAGAGGAGUCCAAUCAUUUGAUGAUGGUUGUGUAAUUCGUAGGGUUUAUUCAUUUUCACUUGGUGUGUGUUUUUAGACUCGUCAUACUGUAAAUAGCUCCCACAAAACACAGACAAACUAUUUUACCAAUACACAAACUCAUAAAGCACUCUGUGUGUGUCAUUGGCUGCUUGUAAAUAUCAGGGAGUGGAAUUACAUAUGCUUUGCAUGCUUUUUGUGUGAUUGUAAGUGAAAGAGAGAGAGUGGGUGUGUUUGUGAGGGGCAGUAUAUUCUUAAUCCAUCCUAACGUAUUAGGCUUGUACAACCAGUUAAGCGAAUGAAUUCUUCUGCUAAGUCAAUCUGCCACUUCCCAUUCCCUCUCUUCUUUCAUUCCUUCCUCUUACUCCAUCUCUCCAGCUCAGUGUUGUGUUCCCCUGUUGUCACCCUAGUUGUGUGUUCUCUGCAGGUGUGUGUGUGUGUGUGUGUGUGUAUGGAUGAGUGUGUCCCUUGCCUCGCUGGUGGUGUGUUUCAACAGCACUCUGAUGUUUUUGUUCUAGAAUUCCAUUUAGAGAGGACCCCCCUUCUGACAUCAUCCCACCCCCCUGAGCUCACAGGUCAGUCCCUCCUCUGGCCUUUACAAGCAGCAUGCUGUCAGUCUGCUACACACCCCUUUACUGUGCUACAAACCAGUUAUUACACAGUGACACCAGUUAUUAUGCAGUAAUUACACACUACAGAGUCGUGGGUUUGCACUCAUCAGUGUUUUUGUUAAUGUACCUUGCAUCACUAUGUAGCUCCAUAUGUUAGAGUUUGACAUGAUGUCAAUGAUUUUAAAAAAAAUCUGACUGACUUGUCUAGAGAGGUCAUGUCUGUUUUUCUAGCCUGAGCUGGAUUUGUAACCUGUUGUACCUCCUCCUCCCUGUCAUCCUCAGCCAUUCCUCUGUCGGCAUACGGACCAAUGGCAGCAGCGGCAGCAGCAGUAGCUAGAGGUAUGAGGCAGUGGUGGUCGGGCCUUUUAAGAUGAGGGAGGACGAUUAUUUUCAUGAGCAUGACCUUAUUUCUCUUACAGCAUAUUGAAUGACUGUCAUUCAUAUUCCAUUCACCCAGCUCAAUGUAACAUCAAUAGGUUAAGGCUACUACAUGAUACUCAGAUUGCUACAACCUAGCCAUCAAAUUAAAGUUUACAAUGUACAGUGGGGAGAACAAGUAUUUGAUACACUGCCGAUUUUGCAGGUUUUCCUACUUACAAAGCAUGUAGAGGUCUGUAAUUUUUAUCAUAGGUACACUUCAACUGUGAGAGACGGAAAUCCAGAAAAUCACAUUGUAUGAUUUUUAAGUAAUUCAUUUGCAUUUUAUUGCAUGACAUAAGUAUUUGAUACAUCAGAAAAGCAGAACUUAAUAUUUGGUACAGAAACCUUUGUUUGCAAUUACAGAGAUCAUACGUUUCCUGUAGAUCUUGACCAGGUUUGCACACACUGCAGCAGGGAUUUUGGGCCACUCCUCCAUACAGACCUUCUCCAGAUCCUUCAGGUUUCGGGGCUGUCGCUGAGCAAUACGGACUUUCAGCUCCCUCCAAAGAUUUUCUAUUGGGUUCAGGUCUGGAGACUGGCUAGGCCACUCCAGGACCUUGAGAUGCUUCUUACGGAGCCACUCCUUAGUUGCCCUGGCUGUGUGUUUCGGGUCGUUGUCAUGCUGGAAGACCCAGCCACGACCCAUCUUCAAUGCUCUUACUGAGGGAAGGAGGUUGUUGGCCAAGAUCUCGCGAUACAUGGCCCCAUCCAUCCUCCCAUCAAUACGGUGCAGUCGUCCUGUCCCCUUUGCAGAAAAGCAUCCCCAAAGAAUGAUGUUUCUACCUCCAUGCUUCACGGUUGGGAUGGCGUUAUUGGGGUUGUACUCAUCCUUCUUCUUCCUCCAAACACGGCGAGUGGAGUUUAGACCAAAAAGCUCUAUUUUUGUCUCAUCAGACCACAUUACCUUCUCCCAUUCCUCCUCUGGAUCAUCCAGAUGGUCAUUGGCAAACUUCAGACGGGCCUGGACAUGCGCUGGCUUGAGCAGGGGGACCUUGCGUGCGCUGCAGGAUUUUAAUCCAUGACGGCGUAGUGUGUUACUAAUGGUUUUCUUUGAGACUGUGGUCCCAGCUCUCUUCAGGUCAUUGACCAGGUCCUGCCGUGAAGUUCUGGGCUGAUCCCUCACCUUCCUCAUGAUCAUUGAUGCCCCACGAGGUGAGAUCUUGCAUAGAGCCCCAGACCGAGGGUGAUUGACCGUCAUCUUGAACUUCUUCCAUUUUCUAAUAAUUGCGCCAACAGUUGUUGCCUUCUCACCAAGCUGCUUGCCUAUUGUCCUGUAGCCCAUCCCAACCUUGUGCAGGUCUACAAUUUUAUCCCUGAUGUCCUUACACAGCUCUCUGGUCUUGGCCAUUGUGGAGAGGUUGGAGUCUGUUUGAUUGAGUGUGUGGACAGGUGUCUUUUAUACAGGUAACACGUUCAAACAUGUGCAGUUAAUACAGGUAAUGAGUGGAGAACAGGAGGGCUUCUUAAAGAAAAACGAACAGGUCUGUGAGAGCCGGAAUUCUUACUGGUUGGUAGGUGAUCAAAUACUUAUGUCAUGCAAUAAAAUGCUAAUUAAUUACUUAAAAAUCAUACAAUGUGAUUUUCUGGAUUUUUGUUUUAGAUUCCGUCUCUCACAGUUGAAGUGUACCUAUGAUAAAAAUGACAGACCUCUACAUGCUUUGUAAGUUUUUUUUUUUUUUUUUUUAAAGUAGGAAAACCUGCAAAAUCGGCAGUGUAUCAAAUACUUGUUCUCCCCACUGUAUAUAGCUUAGUCGGGGUCUCAACAUACUGUUGAGAGUUAGAAUAAUAGGAUGCACAAGGUGCAAUUUAGAAAUGUGGUUGUGCAUCAGCAGUCACUCAAUUAGCCCAGCUAAAAUGUUUUUGAUUGGUAAGUUAGUCUAGCGGCCAGCUAUCUUAACUUGUAGUAAGCAUGGUCGAAUUACCGACCGGCAUUGAUCAUCAGUUAUCAUAUUAUAACUGCAAACAUUUGCCUCCACCCUAUGGCAAAAUGUAUAGAAUUGCAGGAAAGUAGCUGUAAAACUGCACAUUUUUCUCUCCACCCCAUGGCAAAAUGAGUAGAAUUGCAUGAAAUUAGUUAUAAAAUUGCUAAAUCUUCUCUCCGCCCCAUGGCAAAAUGUGCAGAAUUGCAGGAAAUUAACUUUUAAACUAUUUUUUUAAUUUCUCUUCGCUGUCACGAGGGGGGCCGCUAAAAUGUACUAGAUUCAUUCUCUGAUCCUUUGAUUGGGUGGACAACAUGUCAGUUCAUGCUGCAAGAGCUCUAAUAGGUUGGAGGACGUCCUCCGGAAGUUGCCACUAUUACUGUGUAAGUCUAAGGAAGGGGGUGAGAACCAUGAGCCUCCUAAAUUUUGUAUUGAAGUCAAUGUACCCAGAGGAGGAUGGAAACUAGCUGUCCUCCGGCUACACCAUGGUGCUACCCCAGAGUGUGAUGUUGAGGCUACUGUAGAACUUCAUUGUAAAACAGUGUGUUUUAAUUAAUCAUUUGGUAACGUGAAUAUAUUUAGUAUAGUUUUAUCUAAAAAGGAUAACUUUUUUAAUGUUUCACUAUUUUUCUGAAAUUCACUGAGGAGGAUGGUCCUCCCCUUCCUCCUCUGAGGAGCCUCCACUGGUAUGACUUGAAACCUCUUUCAUCUUUAUCUCUGUCAGGGUAUGACUGAAUGGAGAAAUUGUCCGUUUGUUGUACAGUAUUUCUUCUGUGUACUUAAUUGUGUGACUGUCCACUUAUUUGCAUCUGUAUUUGGUAUUUUAGGCUCUACCCCCUCUCGUUCGGGGGGGUUCCUGGGCACCAGCAGCCCUGGGCCAAUGGCAGACUUAUAUGCAGCAGCUAGUCAGGAGUCUGCUGUCAGCAGCUACCUCAGCGCUGCAAGCCCCUCCCCAAGCACUGGGUUCGGCCAUAGUCUGGGGGUAAGACACAGCCCUUAUCACGUAGGUAUUUUAGACCCUAUUAAUUUUUGGUAAUGCAAACUAUCUGUUCAGUUUGUCAUAGGAAGAAUAUCUAUGUUACAUAGCAGUGCUUGUAAGAUGUUGAUCUUGGCACGUGUUUAAAGAUCGAGUGUAAUAUCAAAUCAAAGUUUAUUGGUCGCAUACACAGAUUUGCAGAUGUUAUCGCAGGUGCAGCGAAAUGAUUGUGUUUCUAGCUCCAAGAGUGCAGUAAUACCUAGCAAUACACAUAUAAUCCAAAAAGUUAAAAGAAAGAAAUGUUGAAACCAAUCCAAUUAACAAUCCAAAUGCAAUCUAUGCAUAUGUACACAGGAUUUAUACAAGAUAUACUAGGAAUGAUAUGUACAGCAGUGGAUAUGUUAGAGUGAACUAUGUCAAGAAUCCAGAAUAUAAAUAUAUAUGCGGUGUGUAUAAACAGUGAACUAAAAUGCAAUGUACAGUAGUAGAAAUAUUAGAAUGAGCUAUGUCAAGAAUACAGUGUAUAAAUACACAGUACAAAACCCCAUAGCAAAAUGGAUAGAAUUGCAUGAAAUUAGCUUCCGGACCAGAGUUCGGAAUAUAAAGAAUAUAUAUGAGAAUGGUGUGUAUAGACAGUAUGGUCAGUAUGUGAAUAGAAAAGGUGUGUAUAGCAUAUAGAAUGAGCCUUGACAAGAAUACAUGAUACACAUAUAAAGUGCGUAAAACAGUAUGUAAACAUUAUUUAAGUGUCCAGUGUUCUAUGUACAUAGGGUAGCGGUCUCUAAGGUGCAGGGUAGAGUACCGGGUGGUAGCCGGCUAGUGACAGUGUCUCAGUGUCCAUUCCUUUGUUAUGACUGUAUGAGCAUAAGAUUAUGUCUGUCAUUGUGUGACUUUUAAAUGAGAGUCUAUCUAUACUGUCUAUUUUGACAGACUUUGCUGGCACAUUUGGUGAGGGUUGUGUUAUUGUAUUGUUGAGUGUGAUAUUGGUGAUGUUGAGGGUGUUGGUCGUUGUGUUGUGAUGACUGGGCGCUCCCUCUAAUCUCUCCUGUGUGUCUGACUGCUCUCUACAGGGCCCUCUGAUUGCUACGGCUUUCACUAACGGCUACCACUGAGAGAGUGAGUCUGCUGCUACACCACCAACAGGAUCACAUACUCAGAAGAGUCAUGUUCCAUUCAAAUGAAUCACUCUAAUUGACUGUACAUUUAUUGUAAGGAAUGUAUAGAUAUGUUGUCUAAUAGAAACAUGGAAAUAGAAUAAACAUGGUCUCUAUUUCUCUGCAGGUCUGUGACCUGAGAGAUGGAAGGAGUUGAAGCUGCUUUGAGCUGAUCUGACAUGUCUCUCUAUGGUUACUCCUCUCUGGCUGUGUGACCAUGCAGUUUGAACCCUGACCCUUGACCCCUGAUGUCCCUUCCCCUCCUCCCACUGAGUAUCUCUCUUCUUCCUGUGUUCUGUCUUAACAUCACCUACUGUCUAACAUGUUACUGUAUUUAGCAGAAAGGAACAACAACAUUUAAAACGUUUCUGCUUGUAUUAGAAAGACAUGCAGAUAAUUCUAGCUACUUUUUUCUUUUGUUUUAUUUCACUUAAAAGUUUAGUGAAAAUUGUAAUGUAAUCUCAUAUGUCUUGAUUCUUUGUUUUGAUUUUUGGUACAUUUUUGUUCAGAAGGUGUUUUAUUGAGAGGCGGAGAGGGAGAAAGAGUGAUCUCCAGGUACGAAAUAUGUGAAGGACUGGAGCAAUAAUUUCUACUGAAUAAGUGUAUAUUUGUCUUUUAGUUCAUACUGAAUUUUAACAGAACAUUUCUGAUUAAUAAAUCAAAUUUUUAAAAUGUAUUACAAUGUUGACAAAUGCAUGUCUUGGUAGGUUUUUAGCAAACAUUUGUUAUACUAAUAAUGAUCAAAGUAACAAAAUUGAUAAUCAUGAGUCUAUUUCCAGUUAGAUUGAACCGUGCGAUGUCUGUUUUUGUAAAAUAUUGUAAAUAUAACUGUCUUUUGGAUUCUGCAAAAAAUGAACGGUGUUGGGAGGGCAGGGGGAAAUGGUGAGAUGGUAUUUGUUUUCAGCAGAUGGUUUUGUAGUUUCAUUUAUCCUGUUCAGUGUUGGAAACCCAGACUGUUCCAUAUCAUAGUAUCAUAGAAACGGGGGGCCAGUCAUUAUCACAGUGUUUCUGUCAGUCAGUUUUAUAAUUCCCUUUCCACUGGACAACAUUCAUGACACUAACAUUAAGUUAUGAUAUAGUUUUAUGGGAGGGUUUAUGUGCUGGUUUAUUACUGAUGUAUUUGUUUGAUUCAUAAUAUUUAGUUGUCUGAGUUGUGAGACUGGCCCAGGUCUGUCAGAGUGAAAGGGUUUUCUCCUAUACUGUGAAUUCACCCAGGAAUCCCUUUUAUCAGCACUGGGAGAGAGAAAGCUUGAGAUGUUACAUUAACGUGGGGGACGCGAGUGUUGGGAUACUACUUUAAUAUGAGAAAAACUAGCUGUUUCUUUCCUCAUUACUUGGUACUGUGUUAUUUUAUUGUUGUUUUAGAAUUAUCAUUUUUAAUAUGUAAUGGUUGUAAAGGAAAAUGAAGGACAAGUAUGCAGAAAGUCGUAAAACAGUUUCACAAUGGUACGAUUUCACGACUAAAUUCUUCUGCAGAUUGUGUUGAUGCGAGUGAGUGCGCGUUUGUGUGUGUGUGUGCAUUGUAUGGCUAUAUGUGGUCACACUUAUUGGCAUCAGGUGUGAAACAUAUUGUCAGGGAAUGGAUACAUUGGUGGUAAAUGUGAAUUUAUUACUGCUAUUUUUGUUUGUUACUGAACUUCCUUGUCUCUGUCGGUGUGUGGAAGGGAUUUGUUCAUUCCGUUCAUUGCUAAAUUAACAUUAUCUCAGAGGUGGUCCUGAGGCUCUUCCAUGAUGAGAUUGUUUGUAUUUCUCAACCCCUCCACACUGACAGAGACACUACAUAUCUACUGGGUGAUUCAGACUGUAGCCAUGAAACUCAUAAGAAGCAAUAUACUUUUUAAAGAGAACGCAAUCAUUUUGUUCAGAAAUGUUACGUUGUUGCACUGGGAGGUCAAAAUAAAGUGUUUUAAUGUUAUGGUUAGUUUAAGAAAAAGAGGCGCUGUCAAUUUCUAUCACCAAGUUGUAGAUUUUGAUAUUUUUCUAAGCCUGCUGAUUGCCACGGUGUUGCAGCCUUUGGAUUCUGUGUUUACUCUGAAAGGUAAUGUUCUUGUCAACACUGUAACCCUCUUUCAGUUUUUUUUCUUCCUGUUCUCUUUUUUUCUUUGGAAAAAUACUUUUUAAAAUUCCUAAUAAAUUAUUUUAAAACAUUCCA